AUGGAGGAUGAAGUAGCGGCGCUCGUCAUUGACAAUGGUUCCGGCAUGUGCAAGGCUGGCUUCGCUGGCGAUGAUGCCCCUCGUGCCGUCUUCCCGUCCAUCGUAGGACGUCCCCGUCACCAGGGUGUGAUGGUUGGUAUGGGUCAGAAGGACUCCUACGUUGGCGACGAGGCUCAGUCGAAGCGUGGUGUCUUGACCCUCAAGUACCCGAUUGAGCACGGUAUUGUUACCAACUGGGACGACAUGGAGAAAAUUUGGCAUCACACUUUCUACAACGAGCUUCGUGUUGCACCUGAGGAGCACCCCGUCCUUCUCACAGAGGCGCCUCUCAACCCCAAAGCCAACCGUGAAAAGAUGACCCAGAUCAUGUUCGAGACGUUUAACGCCCCCGCCUUCUACGUCGCUAUCCAGGCCGUCUUGUCGCUGUACGCAUCAGGUCGUACGACCGGUAUUGUACUCGACUCUGGUGAUGGUGUCACCCACACUGUGCCCAUCUACGAAGGUUUCUCUCUCCCGCACGCUAUUUUACGUAUCGAUCUGGCCGGCCGUGAUCUCACUGAGUUCUUGAUUAAGAACAUGACGGAGCGUGGAUACCAGUUCCACACUACUGCGGAGCGUGAAAUUGUUCGCGACAUUAAGGAGAAGCUGUGCUAUGUCGCGCUCGAUUUCGAGCAGGAGCUUCAGACCGCCGCGCACUCCUCUGCGCUCGAGAAGAGCUAUGAGUUACCUGACGGUCAGGUCAUCACUAUUGGCAACGAGCGAUUCCGAGCACCAGAAGCGCUCUUCCAGCCUGCCUUCCUUGGUCUCGAGGCUGCUGGUAUUCAUGAAACUGCAUACAAUUCAAUCUACAAGUGUGACCUUGAUAUUCGUCGCGACCUCUACGGCAACAUCGUCCUGUCUGGUGGUACUACUAUGUUCCCUGGUAUUGCUGACCGUAUGCAGAAGGAGCUCACUGCCCUUGCUCCCUCGAGCAUGAAGGUCAAGAUCGUUGCGCCUCCCGAGAGAAAAUACUCUGUAUGGAUUGGUGGUUCUAUUCUUGCUUCCCUCAGCACCUUCCAGAAUCUAUGGUGCUCGAAGCAAGAGUACGACGAGUCUGGUCCUGGCAUCGUCCACCGCAAGUGCUUCUAA